AUGUCCGACAUCUUUAACAUUGGAGGCGAGCCGGUCUUUGACGAUCGUAUCGUCAAAAUCGAGACUCACACUUACAAUCCGUACGCCAACACAACGUUUGAACACAACGACAAGAUACGAAUACCCAUACAACAACAGGAUCUGUAUACAUUGCCGUAUGAGAGUUUUCUAUACAUUGAAGGAAAACUAACGCUAAACAACCAGCUGAAGGAUCUGAUAACCGUAAUUAUGAAGAAUCCCGGCUGGGAUGCGCAGAAUAAUGCGAAUGAAUACUUUAAUUUUGGCGUACCACUCUACAUGUUAUUGGGAUUUUGCGAAGAUUACAAACGCAUUGUGAUUAAAGCUCGUCGCGAGUUGAUUUUAAUACGAUCGCGUAACGACAAUUGUCUGAUUGGAAAUUUGGCGCUGGAGCCUGUGAUUAACAUAUUCAAGAUACAAUGGCGAAUGCCACGCGUUAUAUCGAACAAGGUCAAUAAGCUGUCGAUGCUGCGCGCCUUGGAAAGCGAACGAUAUCUCAGUAUGGGUUUUCGCUCGUGGGAUAUGUACGAGUUUUCGCUAUUGCAGCGUACAAUCAAACAUUCGUGGGCCAUUAAGACCGCGAUUCAGCUGGAGAAACCGCGAUACGUUGUCUUCGCUCUGCAGACAGGCCGGAAAAACGUCAUGUCCGAGGAGACGAAUCGAUUCGACGACUGCAAAUUGAACAACGUGAAACUUUAUCUGAACUCGGAAUGUUAUCCGUACGACGAUAUGAUCUUGGAUUUCGAUAAAAACAGAUGGUCGAUUCCAUACGACACAUACCAGCGUUUCUGCAAAAAUUAUUACGGAUACGAGUAUCUCGAGCCGAGUCUCACCGUCACGCAGUUUCUACGCAACGGUGAUCAAUUCGUGAUCAAUUGCUUUCGAGAAAACAAAUCAGUCAAGAGCGCAACCGUGGAUGUAAGAUUGGAAUUUGAAUGUAAGGAGAACGUGCCGAUGAAUACUAUUGCAUACUGUUUCACCAUACACGAUCGCGUGAUUUAA